GAGCGCAGUGCCCGACACACACCAGGUCCCGCACGGCACGACUAGAGGCGCGCACAGUCCGGCACAGUCCACUCGGCGAUACGACCCAUGCUGGACCGUCGUCGCUCUGGUCCACGCCGGCAUCAGGCAUCCAGCACCCGCGCCGUCAGCAGGCCGCACCAGACAACAACAUCACUCCGCCGAGGCCGCACGUCGACGAGGACGUGUUGUUGUCGCACAUCGACGUCGCGUCACCGUGAUCGCGCGUGGUCCAGAGACCGCGGGUGCACCACGCCGACUGCCGGCAAUUAAAAAUAUAAAAACACAAAACGAAGAGGAAGAGAGAGAGAGAGAAGGAAAAGAGAGGGAGAGAGAGCGAGAGAGAGAGAGAGGAAGAAAGACGUCGAAGGAUCCGAGGAUAUACCGCCGGACGACGACCGUCUGGGAGUUUCGGUUCAUCGAACUCGCGUGAAACAUCGCGCCGCGGACUUUGCGGGACACUCGCGGCGCGACGCUUUUGGACACUUGUUUAUAUUUUUCUUUUUUUUUUGUCCCCCCUCCCCCCCCCUCCUCCCCCUGUCUUCGGCGAGAAAAACAAAGUGACAGUAGUGAGCGAGCGAUCAACGUAGAAGUAAUAAUUCGACAGCGCGAAGUACCGUGAAUUCCCGUGUCGGAAGAAGCAAGUGAGAACUCUGUGUGAACUCUGUUGACCGCGGCGAGAGAGACACGCUUAUGCCGCCGAACGUCAGUUUCGGCGAUUGCCGCAGGUAGAUCUCGGCCGGCGGCGAGUCGACACGGCGCACACAACACACGGCGACUGCUGUCAAUCGCGAAGGUGCCGCCGUUCCCGCCAGACGAGCACGUCGUCCCCGGCACCUGUGCGCGCGGACGUACCCGCUGUUCCGGUCGGACGAUCGGCUCUCGUUAUCAAUCGGGCACUUGUAAUCGGCGCGCUUGUCGUUCGCAGGGUCGCCGGUGGUCAUAUGUCGCGCGUAUUCCUCGCGGUGGUGAGCGCGGCGCGGCCGCGGAGAGACGCGGCUGACGAAUAACAUGAGGACCGACACUAGUUGAUACCGGAAGAAGUGUCGAGAUCGCGGUGUCCAGGUGCGCGAGACGUAUUAACGCGGCCAAGGGAAGAGCGCGCGGAGUCGCGGUAGGAAGGGACAGGACACGGCGUGUCCUUGGAAGAGGAAAGGAGGUGAGAACAGUGCCUCGGUACCCCGAGAAAUCGGAUGAACUCUCUCGCGGAGGGCGAGAACGCGCGGCGGAGGUGAGAGGGAGGAGGGCGGAAGCGUGACGACGGCCGAGAUCGGGUCCUUUGUCCUGUUGUUCUGCCACCGACGUGCGCUCGUCGCUUCCUCCUUCCUCAUCUCGUCCCCGCGAGUGUGAUCCAGGAGUCCGAAGAGAACAACGAUCGGCCCUCGAUCGCGGCAGCAACGAUCAAGAGACGAGCGCCCUUUUCCGUCCUGGACGUCCGGAGCUGAGGUUCGUUCUUCGAGAAACAGUGUUACGUGACGAGAGUCAAAGAUCGCGAACGCCACCAUGAGGAUCAAAAUGCCCGCGGUCAGGAUCGCGCAAGCGGAAACCUCGCAAAGUACUACGUCCCCAGACACCGUCCAAUGCGGGGGCUGCAGGGCGUCCUACCCCCUCGGCGAGAUCGUCCGGUUCAUCGAGCACAAGGUCAACCACUGUCGGAGCUCACUCCAGGGCUGCCACAGUCCACCGGCGACGGCCGCGCCGGAGGACUCCGACCCGGAGGACGCCCUCACCCUAAAGACCGCCGAUCCGGAUUCAAAGCUCAACUCGGUGCCCAGCAUCUCCGCGCCGAUCAACAAGAGGAGCGGUCGACUGGAGAGCCCGCCGACGCCGCAGGGUCCGGGACCGGAUGCCGGAAGUCCGAUCGACCUCAAGGCGAGCGCCAGUUCGACGCCGAAAAGACGAACGGAAGCACCGGAUGAGGACAAGGAGGAUCUUCCGAAAAAGCCGAAGACCGAAUCUGUAGACGCCGACACGAACACAGUCAAUUCCGAGCCAAGGUGGCUGCAGUGCUCGCAGUGUUCCCGGCGGCUGUGUUCGGCGUGGGAGCUUCUUCAACACGUACAGAGCAUGCACGGCGCCCGCCUCUACUGCUCCUCCUCCUCGUCGACGAACUCGUCGUCGAACACUCCGGCGCCGAGUCCACCAACACCUACGCCAACGCACGCGCAUCAUCUUAGCCCGCCGAAUCAUCUGAACCUGAGUGGCAAGUCCACCGGAAGUUCCUCGGCGGCGAAUUCUUCGGGCGGCACGAACACGAGCGGAAGCAGCGGCGGUCGACAGCAACUUCAGAGCUCGGCGUCUUUGGUGGGCGAUCCACUGCACAGUUUCCUGAGGCUACCUCAACACCUAGAACGGAGUUUCCCGCCUAUGUUCAGGCCGGAUUUCCUCACCCUAAACCCCCUGGCGGGAUACAGAGGUCUUCAAGAACUGCAGACAGCUACGAGGAAUCUGCAAAACCUGGGCGAUCCGCUUCGCGGUAUAGACGGUUUGAACCUAGGUGAUCCACUGGUACGCAGCUCGCUGGAUUCUCUGAACAACGCCCGAAACUUGGCAAACCUGGCCGAGCUAUCGCACGGCCGCGGCCUCGCCGGUCAAGCACAUCCACCGCCACUCGAAGCGAACCUGGAUUUUUACUCAGCGCGCCUAAGGAGCCUCGCUAAUCCGUCCUUAGGCGCGGCUCCACCUACUCCAAGCGGUAAUCCUACGACGAAUCCCCCUCCCCCGCCAGUACCGUCAGUACCGCCAGUACCCGCCAGCAGUGUGCAGCAGCAGCAGCAGCAACAGCAACAACAGCAACAAUCGCAACAGCAACCAUCAUCCCAUCCCCAAUCAGUGGAACCGCCUAGUCCGGCCACGACCAACCCCGCGAAUUUAUCUCACGGCAUUCAUCAGAAGGAAAACUCGCCGCCUUGCUACAGCCAGAGCCCGCUGGGCCACCACAACAACAACAAUUCGACCGACAGCGAGAAAACCAGCCCGCCGGUCGCUUCCACGCCGAUCAUCACCGAUUCCGCAUCCGAAAUAGUGUACACAUGCGAAAUCUGCGAUAAGAAAUUUCGCUUCCAGGCAAACCUGAUCAAUCAUCGCCGCAAUCAUCGAGACAAGGAGAGGCAGUACCAGCAGCAGGAAAACACGCAGGACGGCCAGAGCAUGCCGGCGAGAUGCGAGGUGUGCGAGAUCGAAAUGACGAGCUACGCCGAGCUGAGGAAGCACAUGAGGAAGGAACAUCAAGAGCAUCUGAACUCAGCCGCCAGUCCGCAAGGCAGCGUCGAGACGGUGCCGGACGACGGAUCCAGCUGCGAAGAGAACAUGGAUCUGGACGAGAUGGAGGAAAAUGAUCAGAAAACCGAGCGGGACGACGCGGAGGAAAAUACGCCGGAGGAUCUGAGCACGACUCAGGGACAGAGCGGCGAGGAAAGCGGAGGUCGGGUGGAAAAACCGGCCAGUUUGGUGGGCGAUCUCAUGGAGAAGUUCGGAUUGAGCAACAUCGCUCAGUACUCGGAAGCUUAUCGGCAAGCUCUGCAGGAAAAUCACCGCAGCGGUUUCCUCAAAACCGACUCGUCGUGCAACCUUGCCAAUUCUCUAAACAACAACAAGGAGAAAGAGAGCGCGCUCUCGCCUAAUUUUAAUUCUUCAACAACGCCGAACAUUUUCUCCGGCCAAGGCUUUCCCAGAUCUUCAGGGCCGGAUUUUGGCGGUCUUUGGCUGCCCAGUCCACAUUAUUUAGAGAACAACGAGUUUCGCAAGUCUAAGGCCACGACGUCCAGCCUGGCGCUCCAAGGACUACCGAGUCCGUUGCUGAAGAAGGAGCGUAGCGGUCGGAACGACACCUGCGAGUAUUGCGGCAAGGUCUUCAAGAACUGCUCGAAUCUGACGGUGCACAGGCGCUCGCACACCGGCGAGAAGCCGUACAAGUGCGAGCUCUGCUCGUAUGCGUGCGCGCAGAGCUCGAAGCUGACCAGGCACAUGAAGACGCACGGCCGGCACGGCAAGGACACGUACAAGUGCCGUUUCUGCGAGAUGCCGUUCUCGGUGCCGAGCACGCUGGAGAAGCAUAUGAGAAAAUGCGUGGUGGUGGUGCAGCAAGGUCCCAAGCUGGACAUACCGUACCCGGUGAUCAAAGACGAGGACUCUUCCCUCAGUAGCAAGGAUACUUGAUCCUGGAACGGGAGCCUACCGCCGAUUCCGCCGCUGUGGCCACACAGGCCGCCAUACCCGGUGUAUUGAAGACGGAGAUCUUUCUCCCUAGGGACCUCGAGGAUAAGAGAGAGACACCUGACGAACAAUUCUGAAUCGCGCCAAGUCGAAUCGAUCUCGGCAGGAGAGCUCAGCAGCUGAUGACUUCGGAAGGGUCUCUCGACGCAAAAUGUCCGAGGUCACCUCUCGGGAUUGAGAGAGGUGGUAGGUUGAGAUGGUGAUCUCGAGAAUCUCCGAACGAACGGAGCCUGGAAACGGCCCGAAAGAUCGACGAGUUGUAAGAAGUAACGAGA